CUCCCGCUCUGCCCACCUCCCUUGUGCGCGGUCCCUUUAAGAGCGGUGGCCCCUCCUCCCACUGCCUAGACCUAUUAGAGCCUUUGCCCCGGCGCCGGUGACUCAGUGUUCGCGGGAGCGCCGCAUCCACACUUGGGCCAGCCCAGAUCCCCAGGUCCGACAGCGCCCGGCCCAGAUCCCCAAGCCAGCCAGGAGUAAGCCGAGAGCUUGCGGGCCUGCGCGCUCCGACCCGCGCAGUCUCUGUCCUUCGGCCCGAGCUCCGCGCCCAUCCCGGGACCCCUGCCCCCAGGGCAGCGCUGCCACCCUGCCGGCCAUGGAGACCCCGUCCCAACGGCGCGCCACCCGUAGCGGGGCGCAGAGCAGCUCCACCCCGCUGUCGCCCACCCGCAUCACCCGGCUGCAGGAGAAGGAGGACCUGCAGGAGCUCAAUGACCGGUUGGCGAUCUACAUCGACCGUGUGCGCUCGCUGGAGACGGAGAACGCAGGUCUGCGCCUUCGCAUCACCGAGUCUGAGGAGGUGGUCAGCCGUGAAGUGUCCGGGAUCAAGGCCGCCUACGAGGCCGAGCUCGGGGAUGCCCGCAAGACCCUCGACUCUGUGGCCAAGGAGCGCGCUCGCCUGCAGCUGGAGCUGAGCAAAGUGCGCGAGGAGUUUAAGGAGCUCAAAGCGCGCAACACCAAGAAGGAGGGAGACUUGCUGGCCGCCCAAGCCCGGCUCAAGGACCUGGAAGCUCUGCUCAACUCCAAGGAGGCUGCGCUGAGCACCGCUCUCAGUGAGAAGCGCACAGUGGAAAGCGAGCUGCAUGACCUGCGGGGGCAAGUGGCCAAGCUCGAGGCAGCCCUAGGGGAGGCCAAGAAGCAACUUCAGGAUGAGAUGCUGCGGCGGGUGGAUGCUGAGAACAGGCUGCAGACCCUGAAGGAGGAGCUGGACUUCCAGAAGAACAUCUACAGCGAGGAGCUGCGUGAGACCAAGCGCCGCCAUGAGACCCGGCUGGUGGAGAUUGAUAAUGGGAAGCAGCGUGAGUUUGAGAGCCGGCUGGCCGAUGCCCUGCAGGAGCUGCGGGCCCAGCACGAGGACCAGGUGGAACAGUACAAGAAGGAGCUGGAGAAGACCUAUUCUGCCAAGCUGGAUAAUGCCCGGCAGUCCGCCGAGAGGAACAGCAAUCUGGUGGGGGCCGCGCACGAGGAGCUGCAGCAGUCUCGCAUUCGCAUCGACAGCAUGUCGGCUCAGCUGAGCCAGCUCCAGAAGCAGCUGGCAGCCAAGGAAGCAAAGCUGCGGGACCUGGAGGACUCGCUGGCCCGUGAGCGGGAUACCAGCCGCCGGCUGCUGGCAGAGAAGGAACGGGAGAUGGCAGAAAUGCGGGCGAGGAUGCAGCAGCAGCUGGAUGAGUACCAGGAACUGCUGGACAUCAAACUGGCCCUGGACAUGGAGAUCCACGCCUACCGCAAGCUCCUGGAGGGCGAGGAGGAAAGGCUGCGCCUGUCUCCCAGUCCAACCUCUCAGCGCAGCCGUGGCCGUGCCUCCUCCCACUCAUCCCAGACGCAGGGCGGGGGCAGCGUCACCAAAAAGCGCAAGCUGGAGGCCGCGGAGAGCAGCCGCAGCAGCUUCUCCCAGCAUGCGCGCACCAGUGGGCGCGUGGCCGUGGAGGAGGUGGAUGAGGAGGGCAAGUUCGUGCGGCUGCGCAACAAAUCCAACGAGGACCAGUCCAUGGGCAAUUGGCAGAUCAAGCGCCAGAAUGGAGACGAGCCCUUGCUGACCUACCGCUUCCCACCGAAGUUCACCCUGAAGGCUGGACAAGUGGUGACGAUCUGGGCUGCGGGAGCUGGGGCCACCCAUAGCCCCCCCACUGACUUGGUGUGGAAGGCGCAGAACACCUGGGGCUGUGGGAACAGCCUGCGCACGGCUCUCAUCAACUCUACCGGGGAAGAGGUGGCCAUGCGCAAGCUGGUGCGCUCUGUGACCGUGGUUGAAGACGACGACGAUGAGGACGGAGAUGACUUGCUCCACCACCACGGCUCUCACUGCAGCAGCUCAGGGGACCCUGCCGAGUACAACCUGCGCUCGCGCACCGUGCUGUGCGGGACGUGCGGGCAGCCUGCCGACAAGGCUUCCGCCAGCUCCGCAGCCCAGGUGGGCGGAUCCAUCUCUUCUGGCUCUUCUGCCUCCAGCGUCACCGUCACUCGCUACCGCAGUGUGGGGGGCAGUGGGGGUGGCAGCUUUGGGGACAGUCUGGUCACCCGCUCCUACCUCCUGGGCGACUCCAGUCCCCGAACCCAGAGCCCCCAGAACUGCAGCAUCAUGUAAUCUGGGACCUGCCAGGUGGGGUGGAAGCAGAGGCCUCUUCGUUUCUCCUCACCUUGUGCCCAUCCCCUACCCCAUGCCUCACGGGAGGGGGCUUCAAGCCAAAGAAAAAUGCCCCUUUGGUUUUUUCUUCUAUUUUUUUUUUCUAAGAGAAGUUAUUUUCUACAAUGGUUUUAUACUGAAGGGAAAACAUGAGCAAAAAAAAAAAAAGCCUCUAUCUCCAUCACUCCUUCCUUUUCCCUGCUUCCAGGAAACUCCAAACUGCCUUAAAACCAAAGAGGGCUUCCUCUAGAGGCCAAGGGAAAGGGAGGCUUUUACAAAGCCUAGUUUCUGCUUAUUUGCCCUGCCUGCUGCCCCCACCCCGGGGACCCCGUGACAAGGUGCCUAAAGGGCAGGUGGGGAGCCCCUGCCUGUCUCGGUCCACUACAGCCGGCUGAGGCUCCUCGGCCUGCCCUUCCCAGCCUCCAGCCCCGCCCCAGCCCCGGGGUGACUAGAAGGUCCCAGGUGCCAGCUGUGCUUGCUUUUGCUGUAUUUUAUUUAGACAAGAGAUGGGAAUUAAGGGGGAGGGAGAGGAAAGGGGAAAAGGCAUUUGAGCCUUGCUUUGCCCAGCGUUAGAGCUGGGCAUGGCUCUGCCUAGUCACUGGAAGUUGAGGUCAAGUAGGUACAGGGGAAGCAGAGGGAGGCCUAGGAGAAAGGGUGAGCACCCACAGGGACCCCACCCAGAGGAGGACGGGGAGGGGGGUAAGAAGCUGUGUGGAGUGGUUUUUUACAAACACUACGGACCCCCUGCCUCCCCAGUUCCCAUCUGCACCUCUGCUCUCCUCCCUAAAUCAAUACACUAGUUAUUUCUA